UUGCAUAAUCUAUCUUGGCUUUAAUGGAAGUAUGACGAGCAAACGCAGGUACUACGCAAAUGUGUUUGUUGAGGAGUGGAUUGUAACCACGUGGCCUCCUCCGGUUGCUUGGUGUUGAGCGCGCCUGAAUGAAGACAAAUGCAAAGAUGGCAUGUCCAAGGAAUUUUAAAAGGUGUAGACCUCCUGACUGAAGAGUACUGUGUAUUUUCUUCUCUUUAAUUAGUAAGCUGCUGUUCUCUCACAGGCAAAAGUCAUGAUCACGCUAACAGAACUCAAAUACUUAGCAGAUGCCCAGUCAUCCUACCACAUCCUGAAGCCAUGGUGGGACGUCUUCUGGUAUUACCUCACCAUGAUAAUGCUGCUAGUGGCUGUGCUCGCUGGGGCUCUCCAGCUCACUCAAACCAGGGUGUUGUGUUGUCUUCCUUGCAAGCUCGAGUUUGACAACCACUGUGCCGUGCCUUGGGAUUUAGUUAAAACCAACCUUAACAUGUCCUCUAGCUCCGCAGCACAAAUAAUCAUCCCACUUAAAAUCCAGAACGAUCUUCACCGGCAGCAGUAUUCUUACAUCGAUGCAGUCUGUUAUGAGAGACAGCUUCACUGGUUUGCCAAAUUUUUUCCAUACCUAGUGCUUCUGCAUACCUUUAUUUUUGCGGCUUGCAGUAAUUUCUGGCUCUACUAUCCUAGUACGAGCUCCAGGCUGGAGCACUUUGUAGCCAUUCUGCAGAAGUGUUUUGAUUCUCCGUGGACAACGCGUGCCCUCUCAGAAACAGUUGCCGAGCAGUCUGUGAGGAGCCUGCCCAUUGCCAAAUCAAAAGCAGCAAUUUCCUCACCUGGUAAUUCAGUAGAUAUAGGUGCAAGCAGACAGUCCCUGCCGUAUACACAGCCUGGCUUGGAAACAACUGGACGAGAGAAUUCCUCAAGCGUUCUUGACAAAAAAGAAGGGGAACAAGCUAAAGCUAUAUUUGAAAAAGUGAAGAAAUUCAGAGUACAUGUUGAAGAGAAGGAUGUCAUAUAUACAGUGUAUAUGAAACAGAUAAUAGUCAAAGUUAUUGUGUUUGUAAUAAUAGUAAUUUAUGUCCCCUAUUAUUUAUCCUUUAUUACACUUGAAAUUGAUUGUGUAGUUGAUGUCCAAGCCUUUACAGGCUAUAAAAGGUACCAGUGUGUCUAUUCACUAGCAGAAAUUUUUAAAGUUUUGGCUUCGUUUUAUGUUGUUUUAGUGAUCUUCUAUGGCUUAACUUGUACCUACAGUUUGUGGUGGAUGUUAAGAAGUUCACUUAAGCAAUAUUCCUUUGAGAAGUUGAGAGAGAAAAGUAAUUAUAGUGAUAUACCUGAUGUAAGGAAUGACUUUGCAUUUAUCCUCCACUUGGCCGAUCAAUAUGAUCCUCUUUAUUCACAACGAUUCUCAAUAUUCCUGUCUGAUUUGAGUGAAAAUAAACUGAAACAGAUAAAUCUCAACAACCAGUGGUCAGUGGAAAAACUGAAAAACAAACUGGUAAGAAAUUCCCAGGACAAGAUUGAACUUCACCUUUUCAUGUUAAAUGGUCUUCCAGACAGUGUAUUUGAACUGGCAGAAGUAGAAGUCCUAACCUUGGAACUUAUUCCUGAAGCCAAACUUCCCUCAGCUGUGUCCCAGCUAGUCAAUCUCAAAGAACUCAAUGUUUAUCACUCGUCACUAACCGUGGAUUAUCCAGCAAUGAGCUUUUUGGAAGAAAAUCUGAAAACAUUGCGUCUGAAAUCUAGUGAGAUGGGGAGGAUUCCACCUUGGAUCUUUCACCUAAAAAACCUAAAGGAAUUGUGCUUAACAGGGUAUUUCAUGCUAGAUCAUCACAACUCCAUAUACAAUGAAAGCUUUCAGGGGCUAAAAAAUCUGAGAUCAAUUCACUUAAAAAACAACCUUUCCCGUAUACCUCAGGUGGUUACAGACCUUCUGCCUUCUUUACAGCACUUGUCUAUCAACAAUGAGGGAAAUAAGCUGAUAGUGCUAAAUAACCUGAAGAAGUUGGUGAACUUGAGAACCUUGGAAUUAAUCUGCUGUGAUCUAGAGCGCAUUCCCCACUCAAUUUUUACCCUCAACAAUUUGCAUGAAAUUGACUUAAAAGAGAAUAAUCUCCGAACAGUGGAAGAAAUCAUUAGUUUUCAACAUCUUAAGAACCUCUCUUGUUUGAAACUGUGGCACAACAGCAUUUCGUAUGUCCCGGCGCAGAUUGGUGCACUAUCAAACCUGGAACAACUGUAUCUAAAUUAUAAUAAUAUUAAAAAUGUGCCAUUGCAACUAUUUCUAUGUAAAAAGCUGCACUAUUUGGAUCUUAGCUAUAAUAAGCUGACUUCCAUUCCUGAAGAAAUCGGUUUUCUGACCAAUCUGCAGUACUUGGCUUUGACAAAAAACCAUAUUGAAAUGCUGCCUGAAGGAUUAUUUCAGUGCAGAAAACUGCAAUUUCUGCUUCUGGGAAAUAACAGUCUGAUGAAUUUGUCCCCUUGUGUGGGUCAGCUACUGAAUCUUGUUCAAUUGGAGCUCAUUGGAAACUAUCUCGAAUCGCUUCCUGCAGAACUGGAAGAGUGUCAGUUUCUGAAACGGAAUAGUCUGAUUGUAGAGGAAAGGUUGUUGAAGACGCUUCCACCUCGCAUGAAGGAGCGUCUGCAAGCAGGCUCGGAUAAGUGCUGAACUCGGAUGAACUGACAGUUUCAUUUCUUUAAGCCUUUUACUUAGUAUCUCUCUAGGAUCUGUACAGGUGGUGAGGAGGAGAGAUCACAGUUUACAGAUAAGUCCUAAACUUAAAUGCACUCAACUGAGCUGAUUGUAUCAGACAAGAAAAGUGUGUGGUCUUAUUAAAAAAAAAAAAAAAAAAAAAGCCUUUGGCAGGUAAUCGUAUGUUUGAAUAUUCAAAUAUGAAUUACUGUUUGGGUUCUGGCUGGAAAAAAAUGUAGUCGAUAAAUGUUUCCGAUAGUCUGGAAUGAAAGAGUUGAUUGCCUGGCUACAGUGGCUGUGUAUAUGCUUCCCCCCCGUCGUGGUAAUUUUUUCUAUUGAUGGUGAUCACUUUAAAUGAUUUCAUUUCCUACAAUAUGAGGACCAAGAAUUAUCUGGGAUCAGUUUCCAAAUGUGAACUCUUUGCUAACUUAGAGUAUGUUAAAUUAAGAAUUUGAACUGUUUGUGCAGUUCAGUUGCAUGGGGCAUACGGAAAAUCAUUUUUCAACAUAAUUUUUUAAAGCUUUUUCACAAGUGUUGAGCAUUAAUUCUGUAACUGUCAAAGAGGCUGUCUCAAUGUUGCUAUUAAAACCACAUAGAUAAUACCUGAAACUAUCUUCAGUAUUUUGUCUUCAAAAUAACAAAAACACAGUGAAUUUAAGCCAAUUUGUAGGCAGUCAACUCCGAAGAAUCUGGAAUACAAGCUGUGCACAUGUAGUGGACAACAAAUAAUUUCAUAGUAUUGAUCCUCAUGAAUUGCCUCCUGGCAAACAGAGUGAGGCUGAGUAACAAAGUUGUCUUCUGAGUGUUGUGGGGAUAUCGUGCGUUUGUGUAGUGUAUGUUGCUAUUUAAUAUUUUCUAACCUCUUGUUUACUGACUGCCUCAGUGCUUUUUCUCCACCGCCAGUUGCUGUAGCUUGGUGGCUGGGGAGAGCGGAUGAAGGAGACCUGUGUUAGGUAGGUGCAAGUCACAGUCACAGCAGGCCAGGCAUCCACACAUUCACGGGUAGCGGGGUGGGGAAAAUGGGAACACACUGCGAGCAUUGACGCUUCUAAAGACGGCGUGUUCCUAUACGUUAUAACAGGGAGCUGAGUCUAACACCACCAUCCUUAAUAUUUGAAAAACUGGAUGGAAAUAAAAUGAUUCUUGAUUUUACUCAUUCUUUUGCUGUGCGCUCAUUUGUUGGAUUUGAAGUUUUAAAUCUCCUGGGAUUUAUCAUGUCCACUAAACGUAAGCCCUGCCUCAGGGAAGAGGGGCAGGGGGAGCAUUCUUUACAGAAAUGCAUACUAGAAAACUUUGUAGUAUGUGGAAGUUUUCAAGGCUGGAGGCUCAAUUGUGGCUUAAAUAGAUCUGGUAAACUCUGCUUUUAGUGACUUUGUAUUCCUCAAGCAUACAGACUAUAUUUUCCAGUUUAUAGUAAACUUUUCACAGAAAUGAGUUUUAGCAUUAGACUGUCACCUUUUGCUCCCAUUUCAGUGCCUCUCUUCUGGAGAGUAAGGAUUAACGCGAAUUAAAAUGUCUAAAGCAAGUCUGAUCAACGUGGAAGUCUGAGAUGUUUGUGCUGUAGCAGUCAAGAGGUUUGUGUUUAUUCACUAUACUGACUGCAUUCCCAAGACCUGUGUAGUUCAGACACUUUCUUCUCAGGGAACUCAAACGUGACACAACCAAUACUUUUUAUUUAAUUUUAGAAAUGUCUAGUUUAAACUGAUUAGUUGCUUCUGUAUGCAAAACUGUAUUUAUAAAACAGUGUGUAUGAUAAAAUCCAUACGUAGCUCUUCCAAACUCUAGUUUCAGUUAAUUUUCUGUUCUAUAAUAGC